UACCGAAAUUUUAUUUUCAAAGUGUAUUUUUCUUGCACAUUCUCGAUGAGAGCUAAACGUCCUAAAUGUGUGUAAAUAUUACGAUAGAUAAUUUAUGUUCUUGCUGAUAAGAACUUGUUUUCGUUGCAAGAAUUUUUACUUUUUUUAAUCAUUUUAAAAUCACAUAUUUAAGCCGCUUUUAAUUUUAUCGUAUAAUUUGUUUUUACAAAAUGAGUGAGAGGCAUAAGGUAAAAUCUAAAACUAAAAAGGAUGCAGACAAAUAUUCUAUAUUGUUGCCUACUUAUAAUGAGAGAGAAAAUCUUCCCAUAAUAGUAUGGUUAAUUGUAAAAUAUAUGAGUGAAAGUGAAUAUAAUUAUGAGAUCAUUAUAAUUGAUGACGGCAGUCCAGAUGGGACAUUAGAAGUUGCUGAAAAAUUGCAAGAACUGUAUGGUAAAGACAAAAUUGUCUUGCGCCCGAGACCAAGUAAAUUAGGACUAGGAACAGCAUACAUUCAUGGUAUCAAGCAUGCCACAGGAAAUUUUAUUAUAAUUAUGGAUGCAGAUUUAAGUCAUCAUCCUAAAUUCAUUCCAGAAUUUAUAGCCUUGCAAAAAUCAAAGAAUUAUGAUAUUGUUUCUGGGACUCGAUACAAAGGCAAUGGAGGUGUAGCUGGCUGGGACUUUAGAAGAAAACUUGUCAGUCGUGGAGCUAAUUUUUUAACUCAAAUAUUACUUAGACCAGGAGCAAGUGAUCUCACUGGGUCAUUCAGGCUUUAUAAGAAAAAUAUUCUGGAAAAAUUGAUUUCAAUGUGUGUUUCUAAAGGAUAUGUUUUUCAAAUGGAAAUGAUUAUUCGAGCCAGGCAAUUACGUCUGACAAUAGGAGAAGUGCCUAUAACAUUUGUUGAUCGAAUAUAUGGUCAAUCAAAGCUAGGAGGCUCUGAAAUUAUACAAUUUGCUACAAGUUUGUUAUAUUUAUUUGCAACUACUUGAUUAUUAUAUGA